AUGAUACGUAGCCCGCCACCGUCUCAAAACUCUGCCAGCGGACCAAGAAAGGCGAAUGCAUCGCCGUCGCCUCGUGCAAGUCCUUCUGAACAGUCACACUUGCCUGCGCAAGUCCGUUCUAAGAGCGACCAUAGAACAUUGAGGGUUCGUGUAGCCGAGGAAAGGGCUAAGUUGGCAGCGCGCCGGGAAAAGAGCAUGGCCACUCAACACACUACUUCCCCUGGUGACAAGUCUAAGGAAGUCGAGUCAAAUCGGGAAAGCUCUUCAUCUUCGUCGUCCUCUGAGGAGGACUCCUCUUCAGAAGAUGACGAUGACUCCGAACCUGACCCAGUCUUAUGCAUGCCGCCGCCCCCAGGCCCUACCAGCAGUGCAAGCAAGGUGACCGCAUUAUCCUUGCCCCGUACCCUCCCUUCUACUCAGCAAUCCUCACCCUCGCGAGAUCCUCCGAAGACCGAAACCAGGUUGCAGGCUAUGCUCAGAGAAAAAAAGGCCGAAUUGGCAGCAAGGUUGGAAAGAGAUCGUUUACCGCAACGAGUUCCGACGCCACCCCCGAAGACACGAACGAUCUACGAGCUAUCUUCUAGUGAUUCCGAUAGUGACAGUGACAUGGGUGACGUUCAGCACAACGGAACCCUGGACAAACUUCGCCGACCGCGGACUUGA